GUGCCGCCUCACCAGCUUGCCAAAUCUCUAACCCUAGGUGCAGCGGCGGAGAUGGCCCCCAAGCGCUCGGCUCCACCUCCGCCGCCUCCGCCCCCGGCUGCCUCCUCCGAGGAGACCGCCUCUGGUUCGGGCUCCGAGGAGGAGGAGGAGGAGGAGGAGGAGGAGGAGGAGGAUGAUUUGGAGACCGCCCACUCACCGCCUCCCGUCGCUCCCAAGAGCGUUGCUCCGCUGCCGCAGAAGGUCCAGGAACCCGAAGCGUCCGACGAGGAUGAGUAUGACGAUGAAGAUGACGAGCCGCAGAAGGUCCAGGAACCCGAAGCGUCCGAUGAGGAUGAAGACGACGAAGAGGAGGAUAUCGAAGAGGACGAGAAGGCCAACCACGUGGUCCCUUCUUCCGCCACCAAGAACCCGCCUCCGCCGCCGCAGACUGGCGAGGAUUCCGAGGCUUCCGACGAAGAAGAGGAUAGGGAGGCGGACGACGAGAUGCCGCAGACGAAGCCCGCUCCAAAUCAAGAGGUGGAGGCUAAGGGUGCAAAGCGGCCGAGCGCGCCGUUCCAGCGCACCUGGUCGAUUGACGACGACUUCCGCAUCCUGGAGGCCCUCGCUGCGCAACGCCUGGAGCACGGCGCGCUGCCUCAAACGGACGUGCUGGCCGACGCCCUCGCUGGCAAGCUCGACAAUAGUGGCUGCAGCCUCUCCGAUCUCAAGAGGAAGGUGAGGAGUUUGCAGAGCCGGUACGCCAAAGCGGUCAAGAAAGGCGCGCCACCGAGCAAGGAUCAGGAUCGCCGUCUCUUCGACCUCUGCAAGAACGUCUGGCCUUCUGUUAGCAAUGCCAAGCCUGUUACCAAGGCGGUUACCAAGGCGUCGGCUAACGGUGGUGCUGGGAGGGAGCCUGACGAGAUGUGUGAGCUGUACCCAUACCUUGCGGAGGAGGUGAGGGCGCUUCAGAGGGCACACCCAGGCUUGUUCAAGCGGGAGUUUGGGAUGAUCGAAGACAGCAAGGCCCGUACACUGGACGAGAGGAUCAAGAAGCAGAGGCGUGCACUGAUGAACCUACAUCUUCGUCGCCACGACCUGACCAAGGAAGUGACCAGGACGCUCAUGGACCUGGCUGAGUGAUGCAGUGGACUGAGCUGAGUAUCAUCUAAGAAUUCUAUUUUAUGGUAUUUAAGUGCACUGAUGAUCGAUUACCAGCAAAUGUUGUAUGACCUACUCAAGCAUGGUAGGUGAAUCUUGAUUUUGUUAUCUAUCUGGUGUCGAGUUUUUAGUUGUUCAUGGUGUCAGACAUGUUGCAGCGUCAGUGUUAAGUCAGGAAGUGCCUGAGUAUGCACCUGUUCAGUUAUUAUGUUUUG